GUCGCCUAAAAUCUCUAUCUACAUUUCAAGUUUAGUUGAAUAAAAAUAAAAUGAAUGAGAAAUCAGCAGAAAUGCAUUUAGCAAGAUUUUUAAUAAGCUGAUAAAUCAUUUACUAGUAUGAAAUAGAUAACAUGGCAAGUGUUCGAAGGAUUUUGUAUAAAUAUGCGAAGUGUUUAGCAUUUGUUGCAAUAACUACUUUCUUUGCUCAAAUUAUCAUUUCUUUAAGUUUUUUCCCCUCGGUUCACGAUAAUUUGCUGAAGAGAAGUAGUUACAGUUCAAUAUCGAAAACCGAAAUGGGUGAUGUUUCGGCUAGAAAAAUUGGACCCGGUGUCAGCGAUGAUGAAGAUUACUCUCCGAAAGGCUCACAUCAACAAAACAAAGUCUUACCCCAAUUAAGAUUGGAAGAGCUAGAUUUUACACCUGUUUGUGAAAUUAAAAGCCGAGAAGCAAUUUCCGCUAUUCAUCGCGCCAAGACUCAAAUAUGUAAACAGCAAAUUGUUAACAAGACUUGUCUGAUACAGAGUGGUAAUUUUUACCCUAAAUAUUUGCCGAAUUAUUGUGUUUCUGAAACGAAGACUUAUGGAAGACAUUUAGGGUGUUACUUGGAUGAGAAAAAGUUAAGAUUGCUUUCUAGUUAUUAUGGAAAUUAUGCCAAUAUUAAUUCCCCAUCUUUCUGUUUGGAUAUUUGUGUACAAGCUGGAUUUCCAUUCGCUGGAGUGCAAUAUUCGUCAGAAUGUUUUUGUGGUGAGCAGCCACCUCCAACUACAGCGAAAACUUCUGACGGUUUGUGUGACAUGAACUGUCCAGGUGAUCCAUCACAAAAAUGCGGAGGGUAUUUCACUAUGAAUGUUUAUGAAACAGGUUUGGACAAGUUUGUGUUGCAAGUACCUAAAAACCCUAACAGUGAUGAGGUGUCAGUUAAAAUUGUGUUUCUAUUAACAUUAAAUGGAAGGGCACUGCGACAAGUUCAUAGAUUAAUAAACUCGUUAUAUAGAACAAGCCACUAUUUUUAUAUUCAUGUUGAUCAAAGACAAGAUUAUCUACACCGCAAGUUAUCUCUAUUGGAAAAGCAAUUUACUAAUGUAAAGUUAGCCACAAAAAGAUACUCAACUAUAUGGGGUGGAGCAUCGCUCCUCACAAUGUUAUUGGACUCCAUGAAAGAUUUAAUAAGAUUAGGUUGGAAAUGGGAUUAUGUUAUCAAUUUAAGUGAAAGUGAUUUUCCCAUUAAAUCAUUAGAAGAACUUGAAAAAUUUCUAUCUGCCAAUAAAGGUUUUAAUUUUGUCAAGUCCCAUGGACGAGAAGUUCAACGUUUUAUAAAGAAACAGGGCCUUGAUAAAACUUUUAUAGAAUGUGAGACACACAUGUGGAGGGUGGGAGAAAGGAAACUACCUCAGGGUAUAGUUAUAGAUGGAGGAAGUGAUUGGAUAGCUUUAUCACCCGAUUUCGUUACCUAUGUUAUUGAGAAUCGUGAUGAAUUACUAGUUGGCCUAGAUGUUAUAUUUAAACACACACUUUUACCAGCUGAAUCUUUUUUUCACACAGUAUUACGUAAUUCACGAUUUUGCAAUACAUAUGUAGAUAAUAACUUACAUGUCACAAACUGGAAGAGAAAAUUAGGUUGUAAGUGUCAAUACAAACAUGUGGUGGACUGGUGUGGAUGUUCCCCCAAUGACUUUAGAACUGAAGACUGGCCCAGAAUACAAAUACGCAAAAUAGGCAAUUGUUCUUUGCAAGAAAAUUUGAGCCUGUUAUCAAUCAAGAAAUCAUCACUAGAGUGGAACAGUUCAUAGGUUUCACUGACCACUAUUUAAUUCCUAAUCUGGAAGCAUAUUGGCAAAAUCUGUAUGAUGUUCAAGAUUUGACAGCUAGUAGCGACGACACAUUACUUACACACGCAGAAAGUGUAA